AACGGUUAAAGUAAAAGUAAAUGUGCAGAGUUGAUGUUUCGCCAUUUAAACAACCAGAACGGAUUCUACAACAGGAAUAUAAAUGUUUUUAUAGGAACCUUUAUAAAAGCAAAAUCAUGAAUUUACGUGUAGAUACUUGAUAGAAAAGGUGGAGGAGUUUUUUUUUUAUCGAUAUAUAAUUGUUGAUCAAGAUCUUCCAUCCAGAGUCAGUGUUGGAGAUCAGAUUCUGUUUCAACUGUUCAGAUUCAUCAUGGAUGACACACAAACAUCCAGAGAUGAAGAUUUUUCUCCAGGAUUCAGUUCAGUUCAUCAGAAGAGAUCAGAACCAGAGUCCAGCUGUGUGUCUAUGAGGAGUGAUGAGUCUCUAGGUCAUCCAGUAAAUUUUAAGAGUGGAGAUACACAGACUGAUCUUCUCAGUUCAGUUGAUCAGAAGAGAUCAGAACCAGAGUCCAGCUGUGUGUCUAUGAGGAGUGACGCGUCUAUGGGUCAUAAAAUACAUUUUCAGAGUGGAGAUACACAGACUGAUCUGAGCCAUGAAGUCCUCAACAGGUUUAGAUCAAAUCUGAUAAAGAAGUUUGAGUGUCUGUAUGAGGGAACAGCACAGCAGGGAAACCCAACACUCCUGAAUGAGAUCUACACAGAGCUCUACAUCACAGAGAGUGAGAGUGGAGAGAUCAGUAAUGAGCAUGAGGUGAGACAGAUUGAGACACAAUCCAGGAGAGCAGAAACAGAGGACACACCGAUCCAAUGCAAUGACAUCUUUAGACCUUUACCUGGACAAGACAAACCCAUCAGAACUGUGCUGACAAAGGGAGUCGCUGGCAUUGGAAAAACAGUCUCUGUGCAGAAGUUCAUCCUGGACUGGGCUGAAGGGAAAGAGAAUCAGGACGUCCAGCUCAUAUUUCCACUUCCUUUCAGAGAGAUCAAUUUGAUGAAGGACAAAACACUCAGUCUUUCAGAUCUUCUUCAUGUCUUUUUCCCUGAAACAAAAGAAAUGGAAAUAUCCAGUGACAAAUAUAAAGUGUUGUUCAUCUUUGAUGGUCUGGACGAGUGUCGUCUGUCUCUGGAUUUUCAGAGCGAUGUGAGGUUGUGUGAUGUAAGUGAAUCAGCCUCAGUGGACGUGCUGCUGAUGAACCUCAUUGUGGGGAAUCUGCUUCCCUCUGCUCUCAUCUGGAUCACCUCCAGACCAGCAGCAGCUGAUCUCGUCCCCUCUGAGUGUGUCCAUCGAGUGACAGAGGUACGAGGCUUCAAUGAGCCACAGAAGGAGGAAUACUUCAGGAAGAGAAUCAGUGAUCAGAGUCUCGCCAAUACAAUCAUCUCACACCUGAAGUCAUCAAGGAGCCUCUACAUCAUGUGCCACAUCCCAGUGUUCUGCUGGAUCUCAGCCGCUGUUCUAGAGAAGAUGUUGAGCGAAGCCGAGAGUGGAGAGAUUCCCAAGACUCUCACUCAAAUGUACACACACUUCCUGAUCCUUCAGACCAACAUCAAACAUGAGAAGGACUAUGAGAAGAACAUGACGGAUGAAGACAUGAUCCUCAAACUGGGGAAAGUGGCUUUUCAGCAGCUUGUGAAAGGCAAUGUGAUCUUCUAUGAGGAAGACCUGAGAGAGUGUGGCAUUGAUGUGACAGAAGCAUCAGUGUACUCAGGAUUGUGCACUCAGAUCUUCAGAGAGGAGUUUGGCUGGUAUCAGGGGAAAGUCUUCUGCUUUGUUCAUCUGAGCGUUCAGGAACAUCUAGCAGCUCUAUAUGUGCACCUCUCCUGUACAAACAACAACAGAAAUGUGUUUGAGCCAAUCACCAAACAGAGUUUGCGGUCUAAAGUUAAGGAGAGGUUUAAACAUGUUUCAUUAUCUGAGCUGCAUCAGAGAGCUGUGAAUGAGGCUCUACAGAGUAAAAAUGGACAUCUGGACCUUUUCCUGCAGUUUCUUCUGGGUCUGUCAGUGAAGUCUCAUCAGAUUCUCCUACAAGGACUAAUGAAACAGAGAAGAAGCAGAUCUGACAGCAUUGAGAAAACAGUUGAGUACAUCAAGAAGACGAUCAGCACCAUUGACUCUCCAGAGAAAUCCAUCAAUCUGUUCCACUGUCUGAAUGAACUGGGUGAUCAUUCACUAGUGGAGGAAAUACAACAGUAUCUGAAAUCUGGAAGAAUAAAGGAAGCCAAACUCUCUUCAUCUCAGUGGUCAGCUGUAGUUUUUGUGUUGUUGACAUCAGAGAAGAAGCUGGAUGAGUUUGAUAUUGAUACAUUUGUUGGAGGAUACGAUAAAGCUGAAAAACUGAAAGUUUUUCUGAAGUUGCUGCCUGUGAUUAAAGAAUCCAGAUCAAUUCAGUUGAGUGAUUGUGGAGUCACAGAUGAAGGUUGUGCUGCUCUGAUUUCAGCUCUGAGAUCAAACCCCUCACACCUGAGAGAACUGAGUCUGUCUGGGAAUAAAAUAGGAGAAUCAGUGAAUCUGCUGUCUGAUGUACUACAGGAUCCUCACUGUAAACUGGAGAUACUGUGGUUGUAUGAUUGUGGAGUCACAGAUGAAGGUUGUGCUGCUCUGACUUCAGCUCUGAGAUCAAACCCCUCACACCUGAGAGAACUGAGUCUGUCUAGGAAUAAAAUAGGAGAAUCAGUGAAUCUACUGUCUGAUGUACUACAGGAUCCUCACUGUAAACUGGAGAUACUGCGGUUGGUUGAUUGUGGAGUCACAGAUGAAGGUUGUGCUGCUCUGACUUCAGCUCUGAGAUCAAACCCCUCACACCUGAGAGAUCUGAAUCUGUCUAGGAAUAAAAUAGGAGAUUCAGUGAAUCUGCUGUCUGAUGUACUACAGGAUCCUCACUGUAAACUGGAGAAACUGUGGUUGAUUAAUUGUGGAGUCACAGAUGAAGGUUGUGCUGCUCUGACUUCAGCUCUGAGAUCAAACCCCUCACACCUGAGAGAUCUAAAUCUGUCUGAGAAUAAAAUAGGAAAAUCAGUGAAUCUGCUGUCUGAUGUACUACAGGAUCCUCACUGUAAACUGGAGAAACUGCGGUUGUGGGAUUGUGGAGUCACAGAUGAAGGUUUUGCUGCUCUGACUUCAGCUCUGAGAUCAAACCCCUCACACCUGAGAGAACUGGAUCUGUCACUGAAUAUAAUAGGAAAAUCAGUGAAUCUGCUGUCUGAUGUACUACAGGAUCCUCACUGUAAACUGGAGAAACUGUGGUUGGUUGAUUGUGGAGUCACAGAUGAAGGUUGUGCUGCUCUGACUUCAGCUCUGAGAUCAAACCCCUCACACCUGAGAGAACUGAAUCUGUCUGGGAAUAAAAUAGGAAAAUCAGUGAAUCUGCUGUCUGAUGUACUACAGGAUCCUCACUGUAAACUGGAGAAACUGUGGUUGGUUGAUUGUGGAGUCACAGAUGAAGGUUGUGCUGCUCUGACUUCAGCUCUGAGAUCAAACCCCUCACACCUGAGAGUACUGAGUCUGUCACUGAAUAAAAUGAGAAAAUCAGUGAAUCUGCUGUCUGAUGUACUACAGGAUCCUCACUGUAAACUGGAGAAACUGUGGUUGAGAGAUUGUGGAGUCACAGAUGGAGGUUGUUUGGCUCUGACUUCAGCUCUGAGAUCAAACCCCUCACACCUGAGAGAACUGAAUCUGUCUGAGAAUAAAAUAGGAAAAUCAGUGAAUCUACUGUCUGAUGUACUACAGGAUCCUCACUGUAAACUGGAGAAACUGUGGUUGUAUGAUUGUGGAGUCACAGUUAAAAGUUGUGCUGCUCUGACUUCAGCUCUGAGAUCAAACCCCUCACACCUGAGAGAACUGAGUCUGUCACUGAAUAAAAUAGGAGAAUCAGUGAAUCUGCUGUCUGAUGUACUACAGGAUCCUCACUGUAAACUGGAGAAACUGUGGUUGGUUGAUUGUGGAGUCACAGAUGAAGGUUGUGCUGCUCUGACUUCAGCUCUGAGAUCAAACUCCUCACACCUGAGAGAUCUGGAUCUGUCUGGGAAUAAAAUAGGAGAAUCAGUGAAUCUGCUGUCUGAUGUACUACAGGAUCCUCACUGUAAACUGGAGAGACUGGGGUUGAGUUAUUGUGAUCUCACAGAUGAAGGUUGUGCUGCUCUGGCUUCAGCUCUGAGAUCAAACCCCUCACACCUGAGAGAACUGAAUCUGUCUGGGAAUAAAAUAGGAAAAUCAGUGAAUCUGCUGUCUGAUGUACUACAGGAUCCUCACUGUAAACUGGAGAAACUGUGGUUGUGGGAUUGUGGAGUCACAGAUGAGGGUUGUGCUGCUCUGACUUCAGCUCUGAGAUCAAACCCCUCACACCUGAGAGAUCUGGAUCUUUCUCAAAAUAAAAUAGGAGAAUCAAUGAAUCUGCUGUCUGAUGUACUACAGGAUCCUUACUGUAAACUGGAGAUACUGCGGUUGAGAGAUUGUGGCGUCACAGAUGAAGGUUGUGCUGCUCUGACUUCAGCUCUGAGAUCAAACCCCUCACACCUGAGAUUACUGGAUCUGUCUGGGAAUAAAAUAGGAAAUUCAGUCAAUCCUCUCUCUGAUGUACUACAGGAUCCUCACUGUAAACUGGAGAUACUGCGGUUGAGAGAUUGUGGAGUCACAGAUGAAGGUUGUGCUACUCUGACUUCAGCUCUGAGAUCAAACCCCUCACACCUGAGAGUACUGGAUUUGUCUGUGAAUAAAAUAGGAAAAUCAGUGAAGCUGCUGUUUGAUGUACUACAGGAUCCUCACUGGAAACUGGAGAUACUGUGGAUGAGUAAUUGUGGAGUCACAGAUGAAGGUUGUGCUGCUCUGACUUCAGCUCUGAGAUCAAACCCCCCACACCUGAGACAACUGAGUCUGUAUGGGAAUAAAAUAGGAAAAUCAGUGAAUCUGCUGUCUGAUGUACUACAGGAUCCUCACUGUAAACUGCAGAAACUGUGGUUGAGUGAUUGUGGAGUCACAGAUGAAGGUUGUGCUGCUCUGACUUCAGCUCUGAGAUCAAACCCCUCACACCUGAGAUAUCUGGAUCUGUCUGGGAAUAAAAUAGGAAAAUCAGUGAAUCUGCUGUCUGAUGUAGUACAGGAUCCUCACUGUAAACUGCAGAUACUGCAGUUGAGAGAUUGUGGAGUCACAGAUGAAGGUUGUGCUGCUCUGACUUCAGCUCUGAGAUCAAACCCCUCACACCUGAGAUAUCUGGAUCUGUCUGAGAAUAAUCUAGGAGAUUCAGGACGUGAACUGCUCACUGCUCUAAAGAAUUCUCCACAUUAUAAACUAGAGACACUGUUGUUAUGAGGAAAUUCCCAUUUCCAUUCAAAUAUCCACUCUGAGUCUGGCUCCACACACUCUCCUCACAGACAUUCUCUUCUUUCUCUACUCUAACUUGAGAUUAAUUCACCACAGUGUUUAUAAACUCUUCUGAUCUGAAUCACGCAGCAAACCAAAGGGUCCUGAAGCAGAGAGCUCAGAGAGCUGACAGAGAGACACCGUUUGUGUUUUUGUUAUACAUACUGAAUACAGACUGAUAUAUUAAUAAUUAUAGCUUUUUUAAGACAGGGUUUCAUAAAUGUUGAUGAUGACUGUACGGUAUGUGAGUUAUACACUAACUCUGUUAACUUGUAUAUAUGUAUGUAUAAAAUACUGUAUAACUGUAUAAAUAACAUAUAUUUCUGACUGCACUGUAUUAAAGUCUCUCACUCAUUUGACAUUUGAAACACUUUUUACAUUGAAGACAUUUGUAAGACUUUUCACCAGUGUGAAUUCUCAUGUGAAUCUUAAGAUUUCCUUUCACUGUUAAACUCUUUCCACAUUGAGGGCAGGUGAAACAUUUCUCUCAACUGUGAACUCUCAUGACGUGCAUCUUAAGGUUUCCUUUUGUCGUGAAGCUCUUUUCACACUGAAGACACUUGUAAGGCUUCUCUCCAGUGUGAACUCUAAUGUGAAUCUUAAGCUGAUCUUUCAUUGUGAAGCUCUUUCCACCCCCCGACUAAGCCUGGUUUCUCCCAAGGUUUUUUUCUCUCCAUUUUAACACCUAUUUGCCACCUUUUUGCCACCUGAUGUCACCUGUU